AGUAAGCGUGUAGUUCGGGAUCUAUCGCUACACCGGUGAUUAAAACGCGUUCUGUUAGUAAAAUGGAUUUUUGUUAGUUUAAAUAGAAUAAAAAACUCUGGAUUAGUGUACUUUGAGAUUAUAAACUCUGUGAAAAUUAAAGACUGGGAUUACAAGCUGUGUAAACUUUACAGCUGCUAGCUAGCGAGCCAUCUACAGUAACAAUGGGGAAGAAGCGAGCCAAAGACAGAACCAGGAGUCCUAAAGAGGACAGUUCUGCAGACCUGACAGGUGUUUCAUGUACACACAUCCGUAAGGGAACGGACCCGAGCUGGAUGAGGAAGACGGGUCUAAAUAAGACCUGGGACAACUGUGAGGUGUGUGAGCAGAAGGAAGAGACCGAAGACGGACAGGACGCGCCGGCGAUAUGGAUGUGUCUUAAAUGCGGACACAGAGGUUGUGGGAGGUACUCGGAGAAUCAACACGCUGUUAAGCACUACGAGACGCCACGGUCGGAUCCGCACUGCCUAGUGCUUAGCCUGGACAACUGGAGUGUGUGGUGCUACAUCUGUAAUGACAACAUCUACUUCUCUAACACAGGACAGCUGGCUCAGCUAAUUUCUAGUAUUAAGAAACAAGUACUGGGUGAAUCCAGACAAAAAGCUGCCACAAAGACCACAAAGGCAGAAAAGGACACUUCAAGUGACGCAGUGCAGGAACCCGAGGGUGAAAUAGAGGAGGAAAAGAAAGAAGAGCCCAAGGAAAACAAGAAAUGUGUGAAGCAAAACGGAGAAAAAACACAAUCCUGUACGGUGCCCGUGCGCGGACUCAGCAACCUCGGCAAUACUUGUUUCUUCAAUGCUGUCCUGCAGAAUCUGUCCCAGACAUGGCAGUUGCGUCAACUACUCGGCGACUUCAGGGACGAAGAGAAGAGUAUGUUGAUCAAACCAUCGUCAUCCUCUGAAUUGGAUCCUUUGGAGGUCCGGUUGCCGAGACCCGGCUCUCUCACCCUGGCCAUGUGUCAGCUGUUAAACGAAAUCCAGGCGAGCAAAAAGGGCGUGGUGACCCCCCAUGAGCUUUUCACACAAGUGUGUAAAAAGGCAGCAAGAUUCAAAGGCUUCCAGCAGCAGGACAGUCAGGAGCUUCUGCGCUACCUGCUAGACGGAAUGAGAGCUGAGGAAAGCACAAGAAUGACCGCUGGAAUCUUGAAUGCGCUAAAAAGUGCGGGCAAAACCUCCGAGCCAGAGCAAAAGAAGUUAGUGAAGGAGUACGAGAGCAACGGAGGGACAAAGAGCUUUGUGGAACACGUGUUUGGCGGAGAGUUGACCAGCACUGUAAUGUGUACGGAGUGCAAAACAGUUUCUGUGGUUACCGAGAUGUUUCUCGACCUCUCGCUACCUGUGGCUGAUGAGGCUUACAAGAAAAAGAAGGGUGGCGGUCAGCAGAAGAAGAGCGAAAGCAUUGAAAGUGGGCGGAGCUUCGAGACCCCACUGACCAAUGGGAACGAAGAUAUGCCGACAGGCACAGGGAGCAAGUACCAGCAGAAGAAAGCAAAGAAGCAAGCGAAGAAACAGGCGAAGACCCAGCGGCGUCAGCAAAAGCAAGGCGCAAAGCUCACGCUGGAUGUCCUGACCAAUCAGAACAAAGACACUUCUCCAGAAGCCCCGCCCCCGAGCACGAACGAAGCUGAAACCGAAGCUGGCGCAAACGAGCAUGUUACCCAAUCGGAGCCUGCGGAACAGAAUCAGGAGACACCUGCUGAGGAGGAGGAGGUCGAGGACGAUGAAGACCCACAGGACUCUGCCUCUAAUAGAUUCAUCAGCCUAUCAGAGGAGGGAACAGAGAAACUGGACGUGGAAGAAGAGGAUAACCACGAAGAGGCGGAGCUAACCAAAAGCGUGAGAGCGCUCUCGAUCUCCGAGGAACACCAAAGCAAAGAGGUCGAAUCGGGGGUGGGGUCAGAUCCGGAGCUGGAUGCGGGGUUCGUGGUGGUGGACAUGAACCCAAAGGACGCAUUCUCGACUCUGUCCAGUAGGGCGGCGCCGGAGAGCUCAGGGAGCUCGGUGGAGUCGUGUCUCUAUCAGUUCACACAGGUGGAGCAGCUGACACACACCAACAGCCUGCUGUGUGUGACCUGCAGCCGGAGAGGUGUGCACGGCGGUAAGAAGAAGGUGUACACCGAGGCAAUGAAGCAGAUGCUGAUCUCAUCCCCUCCUCCUGUACUCACUCUGCAUCUGAAAAGGUUCCAACAGACGGGUUACAGUGUGUGUAAAGUCAACAGGCACGUACAGUUUCCUCAGGUGCUGGAUCUCGGUCCGUUCUGCUCCACCAAGUGCAAGGGUGUGGAGGAUGGACAGACCCAGCUCCUGUACUCUCUGUACGGUAUUGUGGAGCACAGCGGCACCAUGCGCUCGGGUCAUUACACAGCAUUCGUUAAAACCAGACCUCACACACACACUAGCAGCGGAUUGCUAAACGGAGCGGCAGGUGACGAGGCGCCCUCUAAAGGCUCCUGGUUCUACAUCAGCGACAGCAGCGUACAGUCUGUCACAGAGGCGCGAGUACAGACUUCCCAAGCCUACCUGCUCUUCUACGAGAGGAUCUCUUAAAAUCCAACAUCUCCACGCCAUCCUGAAGAACGCUCUCACAUAAAACUGCUGCUUUUUAACAGUUCAAACGAAUACUGUAACUAGCUGUCAAAUGUGAACUGGAAAUCACAUCGCUGUGCUGAUGAGGAAAGGGUUGUUCUGAUGAAUUGGAGACUUCUGUUGGAUUUAUUUCUGUCAAAGGGAAUUUUACAUUAACGCACUGCAAAAAUCUCAAAUGCAAAUUUGGUUUUAUGCACCUUCAACUAACUAUGGUCCAAAUACAGUAUGAAUUAACUUUGCCGUAUGUUUGUAACCACACACUAGCAUCACUAAUGUUUAUAUUUGGUUAAUUGGUUGGUUUUAGCUCCACCCCUUUUAGCCAUCCAGUUACUCCUUGCUUCCUCAAAACAUUUUGAACAUCAUCUUCUCCUGUAUACAGAGUCGGGGGGGCCCGAAGCCUAUCCCAGGCAUGAGGCCAGGUUUAAAAUGCUGCCCUGUGAUGGAUUGGAUUCCAGAUGUGGUCCCAAUCCAUCCCAGGGCGACAUUUCGAAUAUAAAUAAUGAAGGUUAAAAAUCUAAGUAUGAGUUUGCAAUUAAAAAAUGCUGUUGUGUUACAUCUGAUUCCUUUUAGCAGGGGAUUCUGUUUUUUUUCUGUUUCCAACCAAAGCAAUAACAUGUAAUGGGUCAAAAAUAAAUAAAUAAAUAAACAACUCUCAUGUUGAGCACAACAUCUGACUUGCCUAUAAAUAUAAUGUUUCUUUAAGAAUAUUCAAUUUCUUGCAAUUUUGUAUGACGAAAAGAAUUGACUAAUAAAAUAGA